CCAUAUUCAAGUUCUAUAGUCUUGAUUGAUUUACUUUCAACUUAGUCUAGACACCCCAAUAUAGUCUGGAUAUCCUUUACUUACGGCAACAUGCUCCCCACCGCCGCCCGUCUCGCCGCUGCUCGCGUCACUCUCUUCACCCGCGCCAAUUGCGGCCUCUGCGACACCGCCAAACUCACCGUCACGAAGCUGCACAAGCGUCGUCCCUUCGACUACACCGAGCUGGAUAUCCAGCUCCCGAGCAAUAAGCCCUGGAAGGAUGUCUACGAUUUCGAUGUUCCCGUACUACACGUCCAGUCGGUUCAGAGUGACGCGUCGUUGUCGGAUCCGAAGAAGCUGUUUCAUCGGUGGACGGAGCAGGAGAUGGAGACAUUGAUCGACGAGGCGGAGAAGAAGCAGUAGCUGGAGACAGCUGUCUAAGAUUGUGUAUAUAUAUAUAUACUGUAAAUAUGCAUGUAUUAUGAGUUCUAUCUUGAUAUUCGGAUUUGUACGGGGGAUCCGCAGCAUUCAUUUCGGUCCCCUUGGUCGCAGCGCAUUUGAUAGGAAACUUGGCCAGGGCCACCGCAUCCGCAAUGACGGAGAUCUACUAAGUUGAUCUCGGUUAAUGUACUAUAGGAG